AAAAUGUUUCACAUAUUCAGAUAAACACAAACACGUGUGUGGGAAAUGAAAGACUGUCUAAUUCUGUCUAAUUAUUUUAAAUUAAUGUAUAUUCAGUGAAUUAUUUUUGUUUCUAAAUAACUAUUUCAAUUGAAAGUGAAAGAAAUUUAAACAGAAAAACGUAAAAAUGCCAUCAAUUGAUAGAAUAAAAAAACCUAAGACUCAUCGUGGAAAAAGAGCAAUUUUAAAAAAAGAACCACAAUUAUUAGAAUCUGCAAAACAAACAUUAUGCAUUAAAGGUAGUACUAGCUCCAAAUUGGCACACGAUUGCAUGAAAGAUUUUUAUGACCUUAAAAAACCUGAUGCACAAAUGAUGACAAAAAAGAAUGAAAUCCGACCGUUCGAGGAUAUUACGCCAAUUGAACAAUUUGUCACAAAAUUAAAUGCACCUUUAUUUAUGUUCACAUCCCAUAAUAAAAAACGACCAAAUAAUCUCAUUAUGGGACGAAUGUUUGAAAAUUCCUUACUUGACAUGGUAGAAUUUGGAAUUGAGAAUUAUAUAGGACUUAAAGAAUUUAAAAUUCCAAAAAUAGCAACGGGAAUAAAACCUUUGUUAAUUUUUAAUGGUGAUAUUUUUGAAAAUAAUCGCGAAUAUGGAAGAAUUCGAAAUCUUUUGAUUGAUAUGUUUCAUAGGGAAUCAGCAAAAAAUGUCCGAUUACAAGGACUCGAACAUGUCAUUAGUUUUACUGCUCGCGAUAACAAAAUAUUAUUACGCAGUUUCAGAAUUUUUUUGAAAAAAUCUGGCACAAGAACUCCAAGAAUUGAAUUAGAAGAAAUUGGACCACACGUUGAUUUAGUUGUAAGACGCACGCAACUUGCUUCCGAUGAUUUGUUUAAACAAUCAUGCAAAAAACCUAAAGAACUUAAGGCAAAGAAGAAGAAGAAUAUUUCUGAAGAUCCACUUGGAAAGACACUUGGCCGUGUUCAUAUGGGAGCACAAAAAUUAAAUAAAAUACAAACUAGAAAAAUGAAAGGAUUACGAAAAACAAUGACUGAAAGAAAAGAGGAAAGAAAACGAAAAAUGUUGGAUACGAGCGAGACAACAAAUAUUAAAAAAAUUAAACCUAUUAGUGUAUAAAUUAUAAUUUAAUUAUAUCAUUUCUUUACAAAUGACCAUCUUGAAAUAUCCCUUUGAUCCUAAAAUUAUUUUAUACUUUUAGAUAUAUUGUUAACUCUAGAUUCAUUUAUUGUAUGUAUUUUUGUAUACAAUAUUAUUUAGUUAUCAAAUAAAGCUGAAAAUAAAGAUUUUUAA